AUGGAAGGGCUACCACCUGAAAUUGCCGAAAUUAUUUUUCGCAAAUUGGAACCGGUCGAUUUGCUAAACACAGUUAUGGUCUCGAAACGAUGUUUUGGUGUGGCAGGUAAAUUUUGUAUCCUUUGAAUCUGUUCUAGAUGACCUAAAUUCGAAAGAAAAUAGCCUAGAUUUAGCAGAAAACCUAGAAUCAAUAUUUCGAAAUAUUUAAUUAAUUUUUUUCAGCCCGAAUUCUUCCGGAUCUCGACUCCCUUAAAAUAGCUUUCAAAGCAGAUUGUCCAACUCGAGCUGAAAUUCAAUCUGAAAAAUCAGUUUGCCUCGAUGUUUGUCAAUGUGGAAAACAUAUUGAUGAGCAAAAUGUGCUCGAAAAAUUGUUGCCAAUCAUCGCAAAUGCUGCAAAUUCGCUGGAAGUUGAAGACGAAUUGGUGAAAACGCGAGUGACUGAUGAACAAAUUUCGAGAUUGUUCGCAUUCUGUUCGGAUGCGCCUUUGAAACGACUGGCUCUUUCGAGAUGUGAUUUGAUAAAUGUUCGACCGUGGACUUUGGCAUUGUUAGCCAAAUUUGAUCAAUUAGAAAAACUGGAAAUUGAGGAUUGCACUUUUUCGAUUUCGGAAUCAAUGUUGAUUCGAAGUUUGUCGACGUCUUUUCAAACUUUGACCAAUAUUGAUAUGAGAGAUAAUAAACAGGUGAGACAAAUUUUCGAAUCUCAUAACUAAACAUUGAAAAUAUCAUCUCAAAAAAUUGAUUUUCCAGAUAACUGACAAAUUCGCGCGAACAAUCUCUCGAAGUUGCCCAAAUUUGGAGAUUUUCCGUUUUUCCGGCUGUCCUCUCAUUUCAACAUUCUCAGUUUUGUCAUUAAUCGAAUCCACAUUUUUCCGAAUCAAACACGAAUUGACAGUUCAUAUGGAUCGAACUACAUUCAGUGCUGAUCAACUUCACAAAUAUAUGAAUUCUCCACUUUUUGCUGCUUCUUCAGAAUGGCGACUUUGUCCAGCUUAUGUGCAAUUGGGAUAUGAAAAACCGGCGGUUUUGGCCGAACAUCGACAACAAAGAUGUGUUCUUAUUUAUGUAUAG